GUGAGCUGAACAGCGGGAGCAGGACAUGUGUGCAGAGGAAAGAGCAGGAGCUGCAGCGUGGAGAGCGCGCAGGAGAGCCAGUGUGUGGACACACGUGGCGCAGACCAGGAGUGAUGCAGCGGCGGUGUUACCAGAGCAGGACAAGGGGUCAGAGCUGAGUGCGGUAACGCAUAGCGCCCACACUAGCGUGACUCGGGAUUGGAGACAGCCAGGAAGCGAUCGCUUCCACAGAGGCCUACUACGCACAGGCAGCUGCCAUGUGGGCAUGUCUAGACGAGACUACAGUGACCAAGGGAUACUGUAAAAAUGGGUCAAUAAUUAUGUUCCAGUGCCAACGUCACCAGAGCAUUAGCCUAAUUAUCAGUAAUCAUGAUAAUACAUACGAAGAUCGUGUCUGGGACUUCAGCUGUAAGAACACUUUUAACAACCCAGCGACGUGUGCUUGGACAAACUAUGUCAAUUGCUUUGAUGACGAGUUCACCUUUGUGUGUCCAUUCGGCUCUGUCCUGAGCGGCAUGCAAAGUUACCAUGACAAUAAUACAGAGGACAGGAGGUGGAAGUUUUAUUGCUGCCAGGGAGAAGUGCCGGUAUCACGCAACUGCAAGUGGAGCGACUACGUCAAUGACUUUGAUGAGUACCUGAGAUGGGACGCACCCACUAAUCAAUACCUGACUGGGGCUCAAAGUUACCAUGACAACAUAAGAGGGUGAUUUGAACAACUAUAACUGUGAGAGCUCCAAGUCAAAGAACCUGCGAUCUAUUCCCUGAUAAUGGUCAAGGGUGCCACUGAGACAUCUUCAUGUGCUAAGGGAUGCCAAGACAUGCUUUAGUUAUAGCAUUAUGGAAAUUAAUUUCUCACAUGGUUAUAUAUUAUCUUGUUAUAAACAAAUUGAAGCACCCUGUACACAUGCAUUACUGCUUUUAAAAAAUAUGUAUACUCAUUUUUUUUUUUUUAUUGCAACACAAUCAUUAAC